AUGCCAGAUUUGAACAUCCCCGUGUCUUUCAAUAAAACAAAAUCUAUGAUAAAAGAUUUGGGCUUAGACUAUAAAAAGAUUGAUGCAUGUCCCAACAAUUGCAUGUUAUUUUGGAAAGAUCAUGGGAAAGAUGAUUCAUGUCAUAUUUGUGGAGCAUCAAGGUGGAUUGAAUAUCCUGAAGUUGCUAAUGAUCUUGAAGAAUCUAUAAAAGCUCACAAGGUUCCAGCCAAAGUUCUAAGACAUUUUCCUUUGAUUCCGAGAUUGAAAAGACUUUUUAUGUGUUCAAAGACAGCCGACACAUUGAGAUGGCAUGCAGACCAUCGUUCAAGGGAUGGGAAGCUAAGGCAUCCAGCCGAUGCUCAAGCAUGGAAAGACUUUGAUGCCAAACAUUCUGAUUUUGCUCGUGAAACUCGUAACAUCAGACUAGGGUUAGCAAGUGAUGGGUUUAAUCCAUUUAGGACUAUGAGUCUUUCACAUAGCACGUGGCCUGUUGUAUUAACAAUAUAUAAUUAUCCGCCAAAUUUGUGCAUGAAGGCUGAAAAUUGUUUGAUGUCGUUACUUAUUCCUGGACCAAAGUCACCCGGGAAUGAAAUUGAUGUGUAUUUGCAGCCACUUAUUGAGGAGCUUAAGAUAUUGUGGGAUGUCGGUGUAGAAACGUAUGAUAUUUCAAAAAAUCAAUCAUUUCAAAUGCGUGCAUCUCUUAUGUGGACGGUGAAUGACUUCCCUGCAUAUGCUAUGUUAUCCGGUUGGAGUACUAAAGGGAAGUUUGCUUGCCCUGCUUGUAAUCAUAAUACUUCUUCAAGAUACUUAAAACAUAGUCGAAAGAUGUGUUAUAUGGGCCAUCGAGUCUUUUUGGAUUCAAAUCAUAGUUGGAGAUCAAAUUCAAGUUCUUUUGAUGGAAAGCCAGAAUAUAGGUCUGCACCCUCCUUAUUAGAUUCAAAAAAGAUUUUAAAAGAGUUAGAAAAGAUCCCUGACGUAGUGGGGCAUAAAUAUAAAAAAAAAAGGGCUGGUCCAUGGAAGAAAAAGUCUAUCUUUUGGCAAUUACCAUAUUGGAAGGAUAAUUCUUUGCGCCAUAAUGUAGAUGUUAUGCAUACAGAAAAGAACAUUUGUGAUAAUAUAAUAGGGACUCUCUUAGAGAUUGAAGGUAAGAAAAAGGAUCAUGCAAAAGCUCGUUUGGAUCUACAACACAUGGGGAUUAGAAAAAAACUCCAUUUGAAGGCAACGAGUGAUGGUAAGAAAACUCAGAUCCCUAAGGCAUGUUUCUCCCUAACAAAGCAAGAGAAAUCUAUUUUUUGUAAUGUUUUAAAGACAGUAAAACUUCCUGAUGGCCUUGCGUCUAAUAUUUCUCGAUGUGUUCAAGUUAAUGAAGGAAAAGUUUCCGGAUACAAGAGUCAUGACGCUCAUAUUAUGUUGCAUUACUUGUUACAAGUAGCAAUAAGAGGGAUUUCCCCUAAUCAAGUUAUUAUUCCUUUGCUCCGGCUUUGUUCAUUUUUUCGGUGUUUAUGUCAGAAGGUUAUAGAUGUGAAAACUUUGGAUUACUUGGAAGUAGAAAUCGCUGAAACACUUUGCCAAUUGGAGCGUAUCUUCCCUCCUAGUUUCUUUGACAUAAUGGUUCACUUACCAAUUCACCUUGCAAAUGAAGUCCGAUUGGGCGGACCGGUUCAAUUUCGAUGGAUGUAUUAUAUGGAAAGAUAUUUGGGUGAUCUAAAAUCUUUUGUUCGUAACAGAAGUCGUCCAGAGGGUUCUAUCGCUGAAGCUUACUUGGUUAAAGAAUCUCUAACAUUUUGUUCAAGAUAUUUGUCUAAUGCUGUAGACACAAGGAUGAAUAGAAUGACUCGAAAUAACGAUGAUACUCCAAGCAUAGGUCAUCCAAUUGGGGGAAAGAAACUAAUUUCCCUUGACCAUAAGUCUCUAAACCAAGCUCACGGCUACAUUUUAUUCAAUUGUGAUGAAGUGCAAGAAUACAUUAGAGAGCAUGAGGUUAAUGUUCAUAAUCCCAAAAAUAAAAGGAAGUCCAGAAAAGCUAACAAUCAAAGAGAAGAUUUUAUUCAAUGGUUUGAAACACGUGUCAUGGAUGAGGAAGUUACUGAAUGGUUGAAGGUGUUGUCUAGGGGACCAAAUGAUGUUAUUAGAAGGUAUUCUGGUUAUGUUAUUAAUGGAUACAGAUUUCAUACAACAAACCGUGAAGCAAGGCUUAAGACACAAAAUAAUGGUGUGACAUUAGAAGCGGUGACUCAAAUUCUUAGAAAGGUGAAGGAUGAAAAUCCCAAAAAGAUUCGUGUGACUUACUAUGGGGCAAUAAAAGAUAUUAUAGAGUUAGAUUAUUAUGGUUAUGAAAAAUAUGUACUAUUCAAAUGUGAUUGGUUUGUGGAUGAAAAGGAUAAAUAUGGAUUGCCGUUUGUUUACUUUAACAAAAAAUGCUACAAAAAUGAUCCAUUUGUGUUGGCAUCUCAAGUUCAACAAUGUUUCUUUAUUGAAGAUCCUUUAAACAAGAACAAACACUAUGUUCUGAAUGCACUUCCAAGGGAAUCAUUUGACAUGGGAGAAUGUUUGAGUUCAGAUGCCCAAGAAUAUGAUAUUUCAACAAACAUUGAUACAUUAAGGGAUGAUUGUGAAGUAGAUUUGGUUAGGAAAGAUGUGCCGGAUGAUAUAUUUGAAAUGCCUUUGUCAGAACUUCACAACCAAAAAGCAAUAGAGAGUGAUCAUAGUGACACAAGUUACGAAAGUGACAAUGAAACCGAUUAUGAUUCUAGUACUGAUUAG